UGGUGAUGAAACGUGAAUCAUAUUCUCAAUGGACGACAACGCGACUUGCCGCUGGAGGAGACCGUUUUAAUCUCCUCUCAGCUCUCUCUUCCCUGAAAGGAUUCCUCCGCAAUGGCGACUUCAGAUUCGAGCUCCUCUCCUUCUUCUUCCGGCACCGAUUUCGCCGAUCCGAACCCUAGCUCCGAUCCCGAUACGAGCUCCGAUCGCGUUCAAAGUCUGUUAGAGUCGCUGAAUUUGUCUCAGCCAAGCGAAGUCUCCGACGGAAGCCACACCGAUUUUACCGGCGAUGAUGAUGAUGAUGAUGAUGAUGAGGAGGAGGAGGUUGUACCGGCCAACGGUUCUUCAGUGCGUGAAGAGGAAGUAGUGGUUGAAAUGGAGGCGGGGGAGGAGCCGCCGAGUCCGACGAGCAGCGGAUACGAUGGGGAGAGAGGGAGCAGCGGCGGCGAGGGUGGUGAGAUUCGGGAAGGCAAUGCGGAUGAAGCCGCGUGGUUGCCUGGGAAACGCCACGUGGAGGAGGACGAUGGUUCCAUGUCAUGGAGAAAGAGGAAGAAACAUUUCUUCAUUUUGAGUCACUCCGGCAAGCCCAUUUAUUCCAGAUACGGAGAUGAACAUAAGCUUGCUGGCUUUUCAGCUACUCUUCAAGCUAUUAUUUCUUUUGUUGAGAACGGGUACAAUUAUUAUUGUUAUUUUUUAUUUUUUGUCUUUAUGGUUUCAUGCCUAACCUAUUGUUUCUUCAGUGGCGACCGUGUCAAUUUAGUCAAGGCAGGAAAACACCAGGUUGUCUUUCUGGUGAAGGGGCCAAUAUACCUGGUCUGCAUCAGCUGUACAGAUGAAACGUAUGAAUAUUUAAGGGGGCAGCUGGAUCUUCUAUAUGGUCAGAUGAUACUCAUUUUAACAAAUUCAAUAGACAGAUGUUUUGAGAAGAAUGCGAAGUUCGACAUGGCACCCUUGCUUGGAGGGACAGAUGCUGUCUUCUCAUCUCUUGUCCAUUCGUUUAACUGGAAUCCAGCUACGUUUCUUCAUGCCUACACUUGUCUUCCCCUUCCGUAUGCGUUAAGGCAAGCUACGGGGACAAUAUUGCAAGAUGUUUGCGCGUCUAGUGUAUUGUUUGCACUACUAAUGUACAGACACAAGGUUAUCAGUCUUGCUGGUGCACAGAAAGCAUCUCUCCAUCCAGAUGACUUGCUACUACUCUCAAACUUCAUCAUGUCAUCAGAAUCAUUCAGGACAUCAGAAUCUUUCUCGCCAAUCUGCCUACCAAGAUACAACCCUCAUGCGUUUUUGCAUGCCUAUGUGCACUUCUUCGACGAUGAUACAUAUGUAAUUUUGCUUACCACACGUUCAGAGGCCUUCCAUCAUCUCAAAGAUUGCAGGAUUCGCAUUGAGGCUGUUCUUCUUAAGUCAAAUAUUCUAGGCACGGUUCAAAGAUCAAUCGCGGAAGGUGGAAUGCGGGUUGAGGAUUUGCCAAUAGACCGCCUGCUUCGACAGAAACAAUCAUCUUCUUCUAAUCAGAGACAAGAUACAGGUGUAUCCUUGGGAACAGGAGGUCCCUUUGGACUUUGGCAUUUCAUGUACCGGAGUAUAUAUUUAGAUCAGUACGUUUCAUCCGAGUUCUCACCUCCAGUAACUAGCCACAGACAACAGAAAAGUCUAUAUCGAGCAUACCAGAAAGUCUAUGCUUCAAUGCAUGAGAAGGGAUUGGGACCCCACAAAACUCAAUAUAGACGAGAUGAAAAUUACACUCUUCUAUGUUGGGUCACACCAGAUUUUGAACUCUAUGCAGCUUUUGACCCACUUGCAGACAAGGCGAUGGCGAUAAAGAUAUGCAAUCAGGUUUGCCAGAGGGUAAAAGAUGUGGAAAAUGAAGUGUUCUUGCAAGGAGCUAGCCCUUUCUCUUGGUGAUACAUUACUUUUUAACUCUUUUAAUAGAUAUAUGUACUUCAGAUCUUUCUACUAUUAUGUCACAUAAUUACCAAAUCUUGUACUAGCGUAUCACUUUCCUUUGUUUCUUAAAUAAGUAUAAGGCAAUAAUUUAAGUUUGUCGGUGUGUUGUACCCUAUUGCCUUUUGAGAAAGCUAUUUACCUUUCUUCUGUAAGCUGUGAGCUCUUUAUUGUUGUUAUUAAUCAGAUUGAAUAGUCAGACUU